UUUCAGUCUCUCAGUUGAGAGACAGGUCCGACUUCUGGCUUUUCCCCUCCGUUAGUUCUCCUCUUUUCCCCGCGUUUUCCUCUUCUUUUCUCCUUCGCCGGCUUGACAGCCUUCUCUGCUGGCUGCACACACGGCUUGCGCCAGGUCACUGCGUCGCUCGAAGGACGUCAAAUGCAGGACGGAGGAGAGCGGUCGAGCAGUCUGCAUGAAGAUUCUUUCUCGCUCUUCUCAUUCGAGGAAAUGCAGCUUCUCGGCCUGCUUCUUUCGUCCUCCACCCGACCAAGUUCGCGCCGCUCGAGUUGCCGGUCUGUGUGUCUCGCGUUCUUUGUCUCGGUGAGUCUCGACGGUUCGCGCGCCGUUGUGCUUGAUCGUCUCUCACGAUUCUUCUUAUUCUUCUCUCUGGCGAUGGACAGACGGCAUCCACACACCUCGCUUCCUCCCUCUUUCGUCUUUUUUCUCUCCACGCUUUUCGCUUCUCACCCUUUUUUCGCGUUCUUCGCUUUCUUCGCUUUCUUUCCUUCUCUUCCUUUCCUCCGUUCCCUCGAGAGUCCCCUCCCAGAAGCGUUUCCGCGAGCGACGCGCGUUCCUCUCGACUUUUGCGUUUCGCUGCGAAAGCCUGGCAGGCCAAAUGACGAUGUCCCCCGAAAGGAACUCAACAGGCUCUCCACCGCGCUCGAAAGGAUCUCGCAGAAACUCAGCAGACGCGCGCCCACGGCAACGCGGAGCGACUCAACGAUGCAAGGCGUCGCUGCAGAAACUGCGGCAACUUUUUCAACUCAAGAACGUCCCGGAGUCAGAUGCAAAGGCGCAACCGGACCUGUUCGUGUAGACGACUCGAAAUCUGUCUUUCCAUCGAACUCCUUUCGAGGACAGACUUCUUGAACAACUCGCGCAAGAGGCGAGAAGCGCGAGCACCAAGGGCAAAGACUUCUUUGUGCGACGACUUCUUUGUGAGACGAGUUCUUUGUGAGACGAC